GAUGAGUGAGCAUUGCCCACCUGUCACAUUAUACCGUUGUUGUUGAAUCAAAGCCUAUCAGUAAGAACGGCUUGGAACUGUCUAUGCCAACUACACUAUGAUUGCUCGUAAGCCUCGACAAGGGAAAAACACGUACGGCGACAACUCUUACUCAAAAAGGGAGAAUCAGCGUUUAUGGAGUAUUUUGCUUCUUCUUCUCACGUUGGCCGUGCAUGGAGUUAGUACUGAUGCUAAUACAGAGGAAGACGGCGACCACUCAUCCCAUAACGUAACGUCGACAUCAACAUUUUUGAACACGCUUUUAAAGACCUAUGACAAAAGAAUACGACCUAACUUUGACGGUGACCCAGUGAAUGUGACAGUAGAUAUGCUCAUCAGCAGGAUUGAUAACAUCAAUGAAGUCACAAUGGAUUACGGAAUCACAAUUGUCCUACGACAGACAUGGGUAGAUACACGGCUAGAGUACAAUGCUGUAAAGCAACAUAUACCCCCAACUAGUGAACUCUUGGAGCGUAUCUGGGUUCCUGAUAUGUUCUUCACCAACGAGAAAGAUUCCCACUUCCAUGACCAGACAAGGGACAAUGUGCUACUUCGAAUUUCUCCAUCUGGGGAAAUACUUUAUAGUACCAGACUCACUUUAACAGUGGCUUGUCAUAUGCAGUUAAGUCGAUUCCCUAUGGAUGAACAACACUGCAAACUGAAAAUGGAAAGCUAUAGCUACACAGUGGAUGAACUCGUAUUUGUGUGGACAGACUACCGUCCUGUACAACACGAAGAUGAUCUAGAGCUCCAACAAUUUGAUAUUCUAGAAAAUGAGACAAUAGAGAUUGUCCAUAUGUAUCAUACAGGUAAUUUCUCAGCUUUGGAAUUACACUACACACUUCAUCGGAAACUUGGGUAUUAUAUUAUAAGUACGUUUCUUCCAAGUUCUCUACUUGUGGUGCUAUCAUGGGUAUCGUUUUGGAUCAAUCCAGAAGCAGCGCCCGCUAGAGUUGCGUUAUGUAUAACAACAGUUCUGACCAUAACAACAAUGGCAAUAGCAGUACGAGACGAUCUUCCUAAGGUAUCCUACGUCACAGCAGUUGAUGUGUGGAUGUCGUCAUGUUUAUUUUUUGUAUUCGGGUCACUGGUAGAAUUUGCCUUUGUUAAUUUCGUGUCAUCACUAAGAAAGAAUGAAAAGAAGAAGAAAACUGACUUAAAAAUAAAUGUUGAGAAAACGAAAGAUGGCAAUGACCUGGCUGAUGCCGUCGAAAAAUGUCUGCCUCAAGCAAUUAAUAUCGAGAAGUGCGAACGAUGUGGAACACAUGCAUCCCGAUAUUGGCGGAAACGGGCCCUGUUUGUUGACAAGGUUGCCCGUAUUGUCUUCCCUCUCUUGUACUUCAUAUUCAACAUAAUGUUCUGGCCAAUUUACCUGAGAGAAGGGAUGCCCUCUUGGCUUAUAAAUGAUUGAUGAGUUGACUCUCGGAUGCAUAGAUCAAGAUGACAUUCAUUACUGAAGAAGAUUUGCAUCAAAAAGAUUUCUAUUUUGCAUAUCCCAGAGCUAUGACGACCGCAAUAUACAAUGCUUCCCCUAGUGCAACUGACAAAUAAAUUAAAAUAGCAAUAUCCUUUUAUGAAAUGUAGUCAUAAUUGUUGUUGUUAAAAUCUUAAACCAUAUAUAUGAAUAAUAUUUUAAAUUUCUUGCCGGUAAAUAAUUAUAUGACGUCAAUGAGAUGUAUAGCAGAAGGUAUUUACGAUAUAAUGUGUUGUGUUGUGCUGUGUUGUUCAUUAAAUCUGAUGAUAUCGUGAACCGAUGUUGCAAUUCAUAAACUCUUACGACCCACAUCUAAAAAAUAUGGUUACAUCACGACUGGUGUUGAUAACAAUGGAUAUGACUUGACAAGGUACACCAGGUUACCUACGACCAACCACCAAGGCGUAUGUUACCUUACACAUCAAUUACGAUAUAUAUUACAAUAAAUUGUUACAAAUGUAAGUUAUGUUUUGAUAAAUGUAUGCAAUAUAGUUAUGCUAUUUUUCUAUUGACUUGUGGAAACGUACGAAAAUUACAGUAUGUGAGCCUAUUUAUUUAUCUAUAAACGAGUUUUAUUGUGAUUAAAUCCCAAAUCAGUCAUUCAAAAUGUUAACUCACAGUAGAUGCUUUAAUGUAGAGAGCAAAGCAAUUAAAUAAUAUCGACUAUAUAGCAAGGUAAAUAAUACCGACUACAUAGCAAGGUAAAUAAUACCGACUACAUAGCAAGGUAAAUAAUACCGACUACAUAGCAAGGUAAAUAAUACCGACUACAUAGCAAGGUAAAUAAUACCGACUACAUAGCAAGGUAAAUAAUACCGACUACAUAGCAAGGUAAAUAAUACCGACUAUAUAGCAAGGUAAAUACUAUGUUAUUACGUUCACAAGUUUCACCAUCACAGAUCGGAAAAUCUUUUCCCACAAUGUAUGUCGUAAUAAAAUCCGUUAUUUUUAUGGACAUAUGCCCGAUGACCGAAGGAAAGAUGUGUAGCUGGUCGAUUUGGUGCCGUGCGUGAGCGCCGACACGAGUCGAACACGCAAUAGAUGUUUACUUUGAUUUACAAUAUAUUUAUUUUCCCUUGCAUUCUGUAUUAUUUACAUGCGAUACGUUAUUUGUUAAUGUCAUUUAUGUCAUAUUUGGUAUAUUGACUGCAAUAAAACUAUUUGACAGUGAA